AUGGCGAGGAGCAACAAGAGUGAGUUGGCUUUGCAAAUGGGGCUCGACUAUGCGUGCGGUUCUGUAGCCGACUGCGAUCCGAUUAAGCCAUCGGGACUGUGUUAUCUUCCGAACACGGUGCAGUCUCACACUUCAUAUGCAUUGAAUUCCUAUUACCAGCGAAAGGCCAAUGCUCCCAGCAGCUGUGACUUCAAUGGAACUGCAAUCACUACCAACACCGACCCGACACCGCAGGAAGCACUGGUAGCUAGCACAACGUUUGUCGGCAACGGUUGGGGCAGAAUAAUCACCACCGCCGACGGGAUAUGUAGUGAUUUAUACUGCAGUACCAGCUCGAGAUUGGGCGUGAAGUCCGUGGUGCAUCUAUUGGAUCUUGAAGAAGCUCGGGGAGCAUCAGAGAUUGGCGAGGAUAGGUAA